AAGAACCUGGUCAUCUGUUUUUCUGUUUUAGUGAAAUCUGAGUCUAUUCCACUAGUGACAGCAAAGGUGUUUUGCACGUAUAAGCAGCUGCUUGUUUGCUGAAACUGAGUAGAUUCAUCUUCUCCAGCCGGGGGUGAAAAAACCCAGCAGAUUGUCCAACAUGUCAAGCUCGGAAGUCUAUGAUUAUGAGAACUACACUACUUCAUUUUUGCCCGCCUCACCAUGUAAAAGUUCUCUGGAUGUUGUAAACAGCACUGGGAUUGUGCUUGGCUACAUCGUGGUGUUCUUCUUUGGUCUCAUGGGGAAUAGUGUGGUGAUGAUUGCUGUGUGGACCAUGAAGACGCACAGGACAUCGACUGACAUCUACCUGAUGCACCUGGCAAUCGCUGACCUGCUGUUCUCGCUCACGCUGCCCUUCUGGGCUGUCUACAUCCAUGAAUCGAAUUGGAUUUUUGGUACUUUUCUGUGCAAAUUGCUCUCAGGUGUCCAGGAGGUGGCAUUCUACAGCUGCGUCUUCCUGCUGGCAUGCAUUAGCAUCGACCGCUACAUGGCCAUCGUCAAAGCCACUCAAUUCCUCUCGAAGCAGCACCAUGUGGUGAGGAUAGUGUGUUUUUCAGUGUGGCUAGGGGCCACUGUGCUGUCCAUUCCCAUCAUCAUUCAGCGAGAAGCACUGCAAAUAAACGGCUUUAUGUUUUGCUACGAGAACAACACUGCAGAGAUAGUGGAUAGUUGGCGUUUGGGAUUGCGAAUUGUCCAUCACGUCCUUGGCUUUUUCUUUCCUCUUUUAGUCAUGCUGUUCUGCUAUGGCUACACGGUUGGAACCCUUUUUCGCUCACGUAAUAGCCAAAAACACAAAGCAAUGAGAGUGAUCUUGUGUGUGGUGCUGGCUUUUGUCAUCUGCUGGCUACCUAAUAAUGUGGCUGAGUUCGUGGACACGCUGAUGCGAGGUGGACUUAUUGAAGACACAUGCCAGAAUCGAGAUAAUCUGGCAGUGGUCAUGUAUUCCACUCAGGCUUUGGCUUUUAUGCACUGUGCCAUCAAUCCCAUCCUCUACGCCUUUGUUGGCAAGAAGUUCAGGAACCAUUUGCUGUCUUUGCUCUUCAAAAAGGGACUUGUGGCCAGGGAAGUGCUCAUGCGCUACCGUGCUGGCUCAGUGUACAGCUCAGGCAGCACCAGACACACUUCCGUUACACUGUAGCUCUUCCACUCACCUUUAUGCCUUUUUUUUUUAAAUGCUAAAAGUAGAAGAUUUCCAACAUGAAAUAUUAUGUGCUAACUUCAGUCAGGAUUUUCUGCAGAUCACAAACAACAUAAGUUCAGCUAUGAAAAUAUGGGCAUCAUGGAGACCCUAUAUGGACCUGAGAGCAACUCUGUAUGGGCCCUAAAGACCAUAAAUUGGAAUGUGGGUUGGUCUUUGAGAUGUUAAAUAGUUCAAGUAAGGAAGUUAAGUAGUCAAGAAAGGAUGUUAUUGUCGUUCAUGCUCUUGCAUUUUCACAUCGUUUGUUGGCCAGCUAGUUAACAUCGGCUACAUUGACACACUGUGAGAGGAUGUCAUAUUCACAAUUAUUCAUAAACUCACUGUUAAUACUGCAUCUAUAACAUCUAAAGUUAUACAGUAGAACCGCCUUAUUUGUGGGGGCUACGUUCCAAGAUCUAACGCACAUAGCCGAAAUCAUGGAUAGUGUGUAACCAUGUACAAACUUCAUUUCCAGAAAAGUUGGGAUAUCUUCCAAAAUGCAAUAAAAACAAAAACCUGUGAUUUGUUAAUUCACAAGAACUUUUAUUUAAUUGACAAAAGGACAAAGAGAUUUUCAAUAGUUUUACUGAACAACUUAACUGUAUUUUGUAAAUAUAAAUGAAGUUAGAAUUUGAUGCCUGCAACACGCUCCCAAAAAAUGGACAGAGGCAAAACAAGACUGAAAAGUUUACAGGAUAUUCAAGUACCUCCAUUUUGGAAGAUUCCACAAUAAGCAGGUUAAUCGGUAACAUGAUUGGGUUUAAAAGGAGCACCAAAGGGUCAGUCUUUGCAAGCAAGGACGGGGCGUAGCUCACUGCUUUCUGCCAAAAUUCAUGAGAAUUGUUGGUCAAUUCAAAAAGAACAUCUCAAUGCAAGAUUUAGGUCUUUCAAAAUCCUUAGUACAUCAUAUUGUGUAAAGAUUCAGAGACAUCUUAAGGCCUCUGCAUGCUCUUGCGACAAGGCUUUCGCAGAUAGCUUUUCGCAGACAGUUGUAAUUUAUUGUUGAGCGGGGGAAUAGGCGUGCGCGAUGUUAUUCACCGGCACAACGCAAGGGGGCGCGAAGUCGCUAGGAGUAGUUGGUGGGUGUGGUUAGUGGAGUGUUUAUCCUCCGGUUACUUAUAAUGACUAGAACUUUUUUUUUUAUAAUGACUAGAACUGGAGUCGUAUAGAUGUACAUACUUCCUCACUUCCUCAAUCAACUGUUCUUCAUGCUGCUCCAUCUUUGCUCGUGUUUUUAAAAAUGUCGGUCGUGAAAACAAAACAAACGGGGAAAGUAGGGAAGCGGAAGUGCGUGUACAGCGGGUAGAGUGGACCAAUCAGAGCCCUCUUGUCUGUGGCGCUGUCUGCGAGGCUUCUGCGGUGGUCACAAUUUUUGGGAGGUGCGCGCAGAGCGUCUGCGAAGGUGGGGGGGCUACGCAGACACUGUCUGCGACACCGUCUGCGAGGACUGGGUUGUCAGCAUAAAUUGGCCUUCAGUGUGUAAAGGCCGAGGUUGGGAACUGCUGUUGAAUGUGCGUGACCUUCGAGACUGCAAGCAGCACUGCCUGAGAAACCGUCAUGCUAAUGUGACAAAGAUAGCCACAUGGGCUCGGAAGGACUUCAGAAACUGUUGUCACUUAACACAGUCCACUGCUGCGUCCAGAAAUGUAACCUGAAACUGUAUUACACAAGGAGAAAGCCAUUAGUCAAUUCUAUGCAGAAACGCUGCCGAUUUCGCUGGGCCUGAAAGACAGUGGAAAGGUGCUGUGGUCAGAUGAGUCUGCAUUUCGGCUCAUUAUGAAGAAAACCAGACGUUGAGUUCUCAGUGCCAAAGGUGAACACAACCAUCCAGUUUGUUAUCAGAGAAAGGUGCAAAUGAUAACAAACUUGGAUAACAAACUGGAUGGUCCUGUAAAAGUUUGGCAUCUGUGAUGGCAUGGGGGGCAUCAGUGCCCAUGGUAUGGGCGAGUUGCAUGUGUGUGAAGGUAUCAUUAAUGCAGAGGCAUAUAUUAGGAUUUUAGAGAGACACAUGUUGCCAUCAAGGCAGCGUUUCUUCCUGAGAAGUCCAUGCUUAUUUGAGCAGGACAAUGCCAGGCUUCAUAGUGCACGGGCUUCAAUACAGUGUGGCUUUGUAGACACAGAGUGCAUGUGCUUGACUGGCCUGCUGCCAGUCCAGCUCUGUCUCCUAUUAAGAAUGUAUGUGGCAUCAUGAAGAGGAGAAUCAGACAACGGUGACCACGGACUGUUGAGCAGCUGAAGUCUUGUAUCAAGGAAGAAUGGACAAAAAUUCCAAUUGCAAAACUGCAACAAUUAGUAUCCUGAGAUCCCGUACGAUUAAAAAGUGUUAUUAAAGGAAAGGUGAUGUAAUACAAUGGUAAUAAUGCCUCUGUCCCAACUUUUUUUGAGUGUGUUGCAGGCAUCAAAGUGUAUUAAAUAAAAGAACUCACCUGUUCUGAAGCCUGUUUCCAGUUCCCCUGUUUCCCCAUAAGUUUGAGAGUCGUCGCACUGGUGCCGCAACCCGAAACAGAGGAACUGGAAACAGGCUUCAGAACAGGUGAGUUCUUUUAUUUAAUACACUUUUCAGUGUCAGCUUAACACAUACACGGGCACCCACGUGAGGUGAUGCUGCUCUCUCUCUCUCUCUCUCUCUCUCGUUCCUGACUGUCUGAAAUACACACAGAGACACAGGUUAAUAGACAGCCAGUAAAAUGACACAGGUCCACAUCAUCACAUGUUGCCUGCUGCUGGUUCAACCUGCCUCCUCACCGUUCACAGCCGACGCUCGACCACGCCGACGCUGCCACAUCCACCUAAACGCAUACCAGUCUUCAGAAAGAUUUCCCAGGAAGGGCUUUUUGGACUCCAUGUUGCCUAUUUUUGUGGUAAAAAGAUAAGAUAAUGCAUCGCACAAGCCUAAGUGUUAACUAGAGAGACUGUAGUCAAGUAUAUAGUUUAUAAAAGAGAUAAAAAGUGGAGCUGAAAAAAUGUACAAAAAUACAUUUCUGAGGAAAAAAAAAUUGAAUGUUUUUUCUUGCAUUUCUGUCUUUCUUGUUGGCAACAUAAAUGAGUUGCAUAAUAAAAUAAAUCUGUCCUUUUUGCAUUUGUUUCAUAUUUCUCACUUUACCUACACCCAAGGGGCAUGAAGUGAAAGGAAAAAAAACACCCUUAUCUUACUUUACAGAAGGAAGUUCUGUAGCAACAGAAAAAUACUCCUGGGAGGGUUUUAAAUAGAUCCACCGAAUCCUAAAACAUGAAAUAUGGUUUUAUAAAUUAAUGGUUUCGUUUAAUCUACAUUUAUGAACAUUUCAUAUUUGAUGUUUCAACCUUAUAAGAACUUGAAUAAAUAAUACAACACACAUUAACAUUCAAACAAACAACAAAUGUUUAUUUAUUUUCCAGGCUAAAAUGCUUUUUCUUGCUUUGUAUAAUUCAUAUAGUUGCAAAGACUCAAGUUUGUAAUGUUGUUUUUCUAUAAACUGUAAUUCAUAAAUGAGUCACAAAAGACAGGUGCUGGGGGAAAUCUCAUUGAUAACAAUCUGCAGAAUUCAAAAUAUUUCAACUAUUCUGAGAAGAGAUUUUUGCAAAAGAUCUCAUUUGCAGCAAGCAUGUGUUCGUGGAAGUACUGUUGCAAAUAAAAUAUACUCAGUCUUGA